UAUUCAACACCAAAUGAAAAGUGCAUGCUCUUUAUCUGCAGCAUGGUCACGGUAUGAAGGCUCGUACGUCCAGAAAAGUGGCUUCUGCAGCUUUAAAAGGGGAUCAAUGGUUGUUUUAAAUGAGGGUCCACGUGAGGCAGGCUGCUGUGUUUCUGUGGAUGACAACGGCGCAACUUGCGCUCUGCAGUAGCAGCGAUGCUUUAAUUCCGCGUCAGAUCAAGUUUGAUCAAUAUCCCCCUGCUGGCCCAAUUGGAGGAGCCUCAUUCACAACCAGCUCUGCUCCUCUCCACCACCAUUUUCGGGAUAAGCCCCUUAUUUAUAUUAGUAAGAUUUUUUUUUUCCUUCCCUCCGGUAGUCAGUCCGCUCUGCAAUCCACUUCACAAUCCAAUGAGGCUCGUCGGGGCUGCGUGAGGAAAAUUCAUCCGGAGCUUCGUUGCUUCUUGGCUUCCAGAGCUGUGUCCAUGCAGCUGUCUUCAGCAUCGCUUUAGGAGUUGCAAUUAGAGGCUGGCGAAAAUGGGACAGAGCGUUUUACAAACGAUCAUUUUCUUGCUGGGGGUUCUUGAAAGAUCCUACGGAGGCUUUCCCAACACUAUCAGUAUAGGGGGACUUUUUAUGAAAUCCACGGUGCAGGAGCACAGCGCGUUCAGAUUUGCUGUGCAGCUGUACAAUACAAACCAAAACGUGACCGAAAAACCUUUCCAUCUGAAUUACCACGUAGACCACCUUGAAUCAUCGAACAGCUUUUCAGUCACUCAUGCAUUCUGCUCUCAGUUCUCCAGAGGAGUUUACGCUAUCUUUGGCUUCUACGACAAAAAGUCCAUGAACACACUGACUUCCUUCUGCGGAGCCCUCCACACCUCCUUCGUCACUCCUAGUUACCCAACAGAUGCUGAUGUUCAGUUUGUCAUCCAGAUGCGACCAGCUUUGCGGGGUGCUGUCCUCAGCCUUCUGGCCCACUAUAAAUGGGAGCGCUUUGUCUAUCUCUACGACACUGAUAGGGGGUUCUCCAUUCUCCAAGCGAUCAUGGAGUCGGCUGUUACAAACAACUGGCAGGUAACGGCACGGUCCGUGGGCAGCAUAACCGAUGCCCAGGAGUUUCGACGCAUCAUUGAGGAGAUGGACAGAAGACAGGAGAAGCGUUACUUAAUAGACUGUGAAGUCGAAAGGAUCAAUGCCAUCUUGGAGCAGGUCGUGAGCCUUGGGAAGCACAGUCGAGGCUACCACUACAUGCUGGCUAACCUGGGCUUUUCAAAUGUGAGCUUAGAGAGGGUCCUCCAAGGUGGUGCAAACAUAACCGGUUUUCAGAUUAUCAAUCCUGAAAAUCCCAUUGUGCAGCAAUUUAUGCAACGCUGGGUGCGACUAGAUGAGCGAGAGUUCCCUGAAGCCAAAAAUGUGCCACUUAAAUACACUUCAGCGCUUACCCAUGAUGCAAUUCUUGUGAUCGCAGAAGCCUUUCGCUACCUUCGGAGGCAGCGGGUGGAUGUUUCCCGAAGAGGGAGUGCUGGAGACUGCCUUGCCAACCCUGCAGUACCCUGGAGCCAGGGCAUUGACAUUGAGCGUGCCCUCAAAAUGGUCCAACUGCAAGGCAUGACUGGAAAUAUCCAGUUUGACACAUAUGGUCGAAGGUCCAAUUUCACCAUAGAUGUGUACGAAAUGAAAGCUGGAGGUUCACGAAAGGUGGGCUACUGGAAUGAAUAUGAAAGGUUUGUGUAUGUCACGGAUCAGCAGGUUUCCAAUGAUUCCUCUUCAGUGGAAAACCGAACAAUCGUGGUGACGACCAUCAUGGAAGCACCAUAUGUGAUGCUCAAGAAAAACUUUGACCAACUGGAAGGAAAUGAGAGAUAUGAAGGCUACUGUGUGGAUUUAGCAUCAGAAAUUGCUAAGCACGUUGGAAUCAAAUACAAACUGUCAAUUGUCGAGGAUGGCAAGUAUGGCGCCAGAGAUCCAGAGACUAAGAUAUGGAACGGCAUGGUGGGUGAACUCGUCUAUGGGAGAGCAGAUAUAGCCGUUGCACCUCUUACUAUAACACUGGUGCGAGAGGAAGUGAUUGACUUUUCUAAGCCUUUUAUGAGCCUGGGGAUCUCCAUUAUGAUAAAGAAGCCACAAAAGUCCAAACCUGGAGUGUUCUCCUUCCUGGACCCCUUGGCAUAUGAGAUUUGGAUGUGUAUAGUGUUUGCCUAUAUCGGAGUCAGUGUGGUCCUCUUCUUGGUCAGCCGCUUCAGUCCCUAUGAGUGGCAUUUGGAUGACAGUGAUGAAGCACGUGAUCCCCAGACCCCGCCGGACCCUCCAAACGACUUUGGGAUUUUUAAUAGUCUCUGGUUUUCCCUGGGGGCUUUUAUGCAGCAAGGAUGCGAUAUUUCACCAAGAUCCCUCUCCGGGCGGAUUGUUGGAGGUGUCUGGUGGUUUUUCACUCUGAUCAUUAUUUCAUCCUAUACUGCUAAUCUUGCUGCCUUCCUCACUGUUGAGAGGAUGGUUUCCCCCAUCGAAAGUGCAGAAGAUCUCGCAAAGCAAACCGAAAUCGCCUAUGGCACCUUGGACUCUGGCUCAACUAAAGAAUUCUUUAGACGAUCAAAGAUAGCGGUAUAUGAAAAGAUGUGGUCAUAUAUGAAAUCAGCUGAACCGUCUGUCUUUGCAAAGACGACAGCUGAAGGGGUUGCCCGGGUACGAAAGUCGAAGGGCAAAUUCGCCUUCCUGCUGGAGUCCACCAUGAAUGAGUACAUAGAGCAGCGGAAACCCUGUGACACCAUGAAAGUGGGCGGAAACCUUGACUCUAAGGGUUACGGUGUGGCGACCCCAAAAGGCUCGGCAUUAAGAAAUGCUGUUAACCUGGCAGUAUUAAAACUGAAUGAGCAAGGCCUCUUGGACAAAUUGAAAAACAAAUGGUGGUACGACAAAGGAGAGUGCGGCAGCGGGGGAGGUGACUCCAAGGACAAGACAAGCGCCUUGAGUCUAAGCAAUGUAGCCGGCGUCUUCUACAUUCUUGUUGGAGGCCUGGGGUUGGCAAUGAUGGUGGCCUUAAUAGAAUUCUGUUACAAAUCAAGGGCCGAAUCCAAAAGGCUGAAACUUGCAAAGAAUGCUCAAAACUUUAAACCAACUCCCCCAACAAACACCCAGAAUUUUGCUACAUAUCGAGAAGGAUACAACGUCUAUGGAACAGAAAGUGUUAAAAUCUAAGGCUGAAAAUCAGCAGGUGCACAGGCUGUGGAGAAGAACCAUGACUGGGAGCGAGGGGGAGAUCGCUGGGAAACGGGCCUUAACCACCCUGGGCCCUCGGCAUGCAGCCCGAGUGUCCGGCAUUGCACAGGAAUCAUUGACAGCUCAACAGACUCGUCAUUCAAAAGAACUGAAUUUUUUUUUUCCUUCAGUGCCUUAAGGAACGGCCACGGAAUAGCAGCACCGCGGCUCAACACAGCAUAUAUUGCUUUGCCUGAAAUUGCAAAGGAAAUCCCAUAAACUCUAUUGUAAUCCCUAAAAGCACCCUUACUCCCAGUUCGGAAUCGAACUGCUCAAUGACAAAAGCCAUCAUUUGCUGCUGCUGCACAGCUGGAUGAGCUGGUUUGCAGGGAGAAAAAAAAAAUUUGAAACGCACUGUGAUUCACAUUGGAGCUCAAAGGCAACAAGUCACUCACUCAUCAGACAAUCCAAGUCUGCCUGCCUGCCUGCCUGCCAUGCCUGCUCCAGUGAAAAAGGCCAGAAUGUGGAGGUGGCGGAGUUGCAUUGUGUGUUGAGAGACGAAGCAGUUAUUUGAAAGAGUAAAGGGACAUCAGGUGUUAGUCAGUAAAAUGUGUUUUUUUAUUUAUCUUUUUUUUUUCUAAUUAUUAUUAUUUUAGUUGCCCUUCAUGUCAAAAACAUCAGUUGCAGAAGUGAGCUGCAAAAUAGGAUCAGAGGUCAGCAGAGAAAAUGAAGUUGAUCACAAUGUCCAAAGGAUGAUUGGCUGUUUGUAGAAGACAAAAGAAGACAAGAA